UAAACUUCGAUAAAGCAUUAUAUCCCUGAUUACAAAUACAGUGGAACUUCCUCCGAAUAAGAAUUGAUUUAGAAAAAGAUAAAAUGCGAAUUAAGCUGUUGCUGCCAAUAUUACAUGUUGUUUGUGACUAUAACUUGGAUGGCAAAAUUAUGCUGAUGCCUAUAACUGGUUCAGGUUUAAGUACCUCAAACUAUACUAAUAUUGACGCAACUGUGACACUUCGAGUGGAAAAAAUAAAAAAAAAUGAUAACAUAUACUACAAUGUCAAGGAUUUUUAUAUAAAUUUUGAUAUAGCAGAAGCCAAUAUACGAUUUGAAGAUUUAUUCAAUGGGGAUCAAGAUUUAGGUGAAGCAAUGAAUUUGUUCUUGAAUGACAAUUGGAAACAAAUUGCAAACGAAAUCAAACCAGUAUUAGAAGACAACAUUGCCAUGAUAUUGAAAAAAUUCGCCAACAAGAUAUUCCACAAAUAUCCCAGGAAUAUAUUACUUCCCAAAUAAUAAAUUAUUCUUCAAACUGUGAUAAGAAAUUAAUAAUUUUUUCUCAAUAAACAUAUUUAGAUCCUCA